AUGGCGAACUCAGAUGCCGAAGUGCGGCAAAGGAAGCCGCAGGCGUCCUCGGGCAAGGAGGAUGGAUCGAAGCAGGGCAAGAGCAGGAGUUCAAAAUCAAAGAUCGACGACGAAGAUGUCUACAGCCCGUGGGUUGAUAUUGCCCGUGUGCUGACGUUCUUCUUCGUCGCAUCCUGUGCCCUGAGCUACCUGAUCUCCGGCGGCGAGUCGUGGUUCUGGGGAAUGCAGAACCCGCCAAACUACCUUCAGAAAUCUUGGUGGGAGAACUAUUUUCGUGGUCCCAUUCAGAUGACCCCGGAGGAGCUGGCCGCCUUCGACGGCAAGGACGAGUCCAAACCGAUCUACCUCUCGAUCAACGGCACCAUCUACGACGUCUCUGCCAAUCGCCGCGUCUACGGACCGGGCGGCUCCUACAACAUCUUUGCCGGUGUCGACGCUUCUCGCGGGUUCGUGACGGGCUGCUUUAAAGAGGACCGCAACGGCGACAUGCGCGGCGUGGAGGAGAUGUUUCUCCCGCUCGACGACUACGAGGUCGACAAGCACUAUACUGCCGACCAGCUUCGCCAGAUGCGUGCCGAGGAGCUCGCCGCCGCCAAGGAGAAGGUGCACGAUGCGCUCAAGCACUGGGUCGACUUCUUCGCCAAGAGUAAGAAGUAUCACAAGGUCGGCACGCUGAAGAGGGAGCCUGGGUGGCAGGGCAAGAGAAAGAAGCUUUGCGAGCAGGCAGGACAAGGCCGGACGCCGAGAAAGCUUCCCGGCGCAGAAUAA